CGUUAAAAGGGGCGUGAAGUUUUCAGCUAGCGGCUAACCUAGCUCCUGUGAGACCAUCAGGGAUCUGCUUCAUUCUUGGCGGCGCCCAGCAGAAACGAAAAACGAAAUAGCAGAGCGAAUAACAUUUCCUGCACACACGGUUUAGUUUACUUCUGUACGCCGUGGAAACUAUCAGGCUGACGGACAGGAACAGUUAGUUGGUGUAAUGUUUACCCGGCCUCUCUGUGGACAUGGCAUUGUGGCUAUCGGCGCAAAUGCUAACUUAGCUAGUUAGCCUAGCAGGCUAUGUAGCUGCGCUGUUAGCAGUGGCUAAAACAAGCUACACAACACUAGCUUGCAUUAGCUAGAAGGUAAACUCGCGUCAUGAGAAUCUAAACAGCAGCGUCGUUAGAUAAACGCAAACGUCACCUACGUUAGACUCGAGACGAACAUUUUAUUUUGCACUCAAAGUGAGCAGCUGGUCAGUUUGGCUAACGGUAGCUAAUUUAGCGCGCUAACAUGCAGUGGUAGGUGGGCUCAGUAGCCUUUCAGUCGUCACCCACUGCUGCCGUGCACCAGCAGACUAACGGGGCGGUAGCUAUCAGUUACCGGGCAUUGUGCGGUAUGUAGCCAUGGCAUGCUAACACCAUCCAUCAGGAAAGUUUGUGACUGGUCAUAACGUUACAGACAACGUUAGCACAGGCCAGUUCAGGCUGACAAUACAGUCGUGAUAUGAAGGAUUAUAGAGAUACUGUUGUUAUGAGUGAUAGCCAGUGUUAAUUUGCUUCAACACCGGAGUUAUAUAGUCGACAGGGCCUUGCAGAUUGCAGUGGGUCAACUACAUUGCGUUAAGCUAGUUUGUCUCACGUCAGCCCAGUUGCCUGAUUGAUGAUGUUUGUUGCAGAUCAUGUAAGUUAGUGAAGUUUGGAGAGCAACAAUGUAACACCACUGAGCACGUUAACGUUAGCUAUUUUAAGUUCAUGAAUUGGUGGCGGGCAGCGUUAGCUAGCAAAAUGAACAAUUCAGGAGUCCUGCCACAAGAAAAGAUGGAGCUGGAUCUGGAGAUCCCAUCUUCGUUAGUUCAGACCGAUGGACACUUGAGACGAUCCAACAGUGCACCCAUGAUAAAUGGCUUAAGUGAUAACUCCCAAGUGUUCCAGAGAGAGGUCCUGCGCAGCCGGAGAAAUAGCACUACAGUUGUCAACAGGCCCAACAUGGUCCCUUCAUCACCUAUUCGCGUCCCCAGCACCAGACUUCACCAAAUAAAACAAGAAGAGGGAGUAGACGUGAUGAACAGGGAGACUGCCCAUGAGCGGGAGGUUCAAGCUGCCAUGCAAAUGAGCCAGUCAUGGGAAGAAAGCCUUAGUCUGAGUGACAAUGACCUGGAGAAGUCUGCAUCUUCGUCUCCAAAGCGCAUCGACUUUGUGCCUGUGUCGCCUGCCCCAUCCCCGACCAGAGGGAUAGGGAAAAAGAAGCAGUGUUUCUCUCCUUCACUACAAAUACUUGUAAGCAGUAAUGGCCUAACACCCAGCCCAAUACCCAGCCCAACACGACGCUUCAGCCGACGGAGUCAAAGCCCAAUCAACUGCAUCAGAGCCAGCAUACUUGGGCCGAUGAAACGCAAAGGUGAGAUGGAGACAGAGAGUCAGCCCAAGAGGCUCUUCCAGGGUACCACCACCAUGCUGUCCUCUGAUGUCUCCAACCUGUCAGACCUCAGUUCCUGUCACUCUCCAGAUUUGCUGGAUGGCAGCCUCAGCAGCAUCGGCUCCUCCACAGACUCGCCAGGCAAAAUGGAGGGAGUGUCGCCCUCGUCAUCCAGCAACUCGCCCUUUGCUUCCCUCCAGGAUUUGUCCCCAAAGUAAGCACGGGAUAGCAAGAGACACUGUAACGGACUGGCGCCAAAAGCAUCUCUCCAGGGAACAAGUUUCCUUCUCAGACCCUCCAUCUCACCAUCGCCUAGAUUUAGUCCAAGUGGAAUUUUCCACUUAUGUUAUUGAGCGGCAGUCAUGGCUACACUGUGGAGGGUCUAGAUGUGUUUGAAGUAAGGAAACUAAAGCCAUGGAUGAGUUUUAGCAUAGAAGGAGUAAGCCUAGUGAAACUAGGAAUGACUGAAGACACUGUGAGCACCAGCUGCUAGUAGAGGAUUUGGAUGGUGCUUGGCUUCAUAGUGAUAUUGUGUUCAUAAGUGGCUAUAUGCUUCUGUCCUACCAGUUCCCCUCACUGGAGAGAGACAUUGAGCACUGGACAAAGAAAUGACUAUUUGGAUGUGUACAUUUUCCCUGUUUUCGUGCUGGAAAACUUCUGUCCACAUGCCUUUGUAUGUACACAGUCUGCAGAUUUUGUAAGAAAAUAUUUAACUUAUUGUUUUCCGGCUUUGUUUGUAUUUAUGUACAUAGUAACCUUGUCAGAUGUCGUACAUAGUUUUAAGUUUUGGCUGUGAGGUGAAUGUGGGCACAGGUCUUCAACAGCAUAUGUUUUCUUUGUAAACGAACAUAAACUACUUGUGGGUUACACCUAUGGAGAUUUUCUUAAUAUUUUUAUGCUAUGGGCUUUGAACUGUGGUGAUUCUUUUUUUUUUCUUCCAAGUUUGGCUUUUAUGCCCCAUUCCCCAUCACUUGCUGCAUCUUUAAUUGCCUAGUGUGAGCAAUUAAUGCACCUAGCAGUUAACUGGAUGAAGUGAGAUGGUCAUCACUGUUGGGCGUUGAACACUAAAUGUUCCUCUGUAUCCUGUGUUUUUGUCAGGAUGUUUUUGUAGAUACGCAGAAAUUAUUCCGUUUUCUUUCUAAUGGGGAAAUGGUGUUAUUUAUGAUGUUAAAAAAAAAAAAAGUUUAUUAUAAGAAUUGGAUGGUGAUAGGUUUCUAUCCCCAGUAAAACCGUUCGUAUUGUCAUUCACACCAAAUCAACUGACUGCUGGAACGUGCAGCAAAAACAACAUGGCACCGUCACAUUGUGAGUAAAGAGACUGCUGUUUCUGCUGUGGUUACUUUUUUAAAAUAGCUUUUUGCACAGGAUGCUCAGUUCUGUGAUGUUUCAGCCUGUGUGUAAAGCAGAGAAGAAGUGAAACUUGAUGUUUUCUUCAGACAACAUUUAUGAAAUACAGCAUAUAGAGGUUUCACCUGUACUGUGAUUUUUUUUUUUUUUUUUUUUUUUUGCGCACCUAAAUUUGCUCUCAAAUGUCCUGGCUCUUAGUGUCCAUAGCUCCUGUGUAACGUAAACAUCUGAAGAGGGUUAUGCUGUAUGAGUUAAAGGCUAACUCUGUAACCUUUAAUGUGUAUGUACAAAAGAAAGUGAUUGUAAAUCAUUUUAUGGAAGUGUGCCCUUUAAUUUAUAGAAGAGAGUGGGUGCAGUUUUUUGACUGAAUGUCUUUUUCCUUUUAUACAGAUAAGACAAUGGAAAAAGCAGUCAGCUUGCCCUGCUGUUAACAAGAUAUUUUUCCAAGAUUUUUUUUCUCAGUCAUCUAAUGAAGUGUUCAGGGCAUGACUUUGGCAAAUAAUCUUAUACCAUUGUAAGACUGCAAUGAAAAGGCUGUAAUCUGCCAAGCUGGCUCACACCUCGCCUAUGCUUGUGUCUUUUGUGAUUGCAAUCGUAGCGAACAUCAGGACUAAAUAAAUUAUUUCUUUAUUAUG